AUGAAUGUUGCAAUUAUUGAUGAUAAUGACUAUCCAACUGGAGUUCUUGAUAUUGGUAUACCUAACGUAACGGCUUGUGAUCGUCAAGGUUUAAUACUUCGAACUCGAUGGAUUAAUUCUUCACAUUCUUUAACUAAUGUUAUGGAUCAACUUGAAUUUGAUAAACAUCAAACAAAUAUUUAUUUAGCACGAACAAAUAAAUUUUCAACGAAAUUAGUUCAAGAUUUUUGUCAAACAUAUCAUAAACCAUUUAUCAGUAUGCGUUCAUAUGGAAGCGUAACAUCAGCAUCGUUUAAUUAUGAAUAUUCUGUUAUGCCUGAUAUUCUUCGUGUAUUAGUAAGUUUCUUAAAAUAUUAUCAUGUCGAAAAUGCUGCAUAUAUCUAUAAUAAUAAUGAAGCAACACGGCGUAUAUAUGAAUUAAUUAAAUUAAUGAAUUAUGAUGAAUAUUUUAAUGAUUUCUCAUUAAAUAUAAGAGCAACACGUAAUCAAGAUGUUUAUUCACUUCUAUAUAAUAUUGAAGCUCAUUCGAUGAAUAAAGAACAAUCACCAAAAUAUAUUUUACUUGAUCUUGAAACAUAUGCAGAUUAUAUUAGAAUGUUUAAUAAAAUUUCACAUAUGGGUCUGACAGGUGAUUUAUAUUAUUAUAUCGUCUUGUCGAGUUUUGAUGCUUGUCUCUGGAUGAAGACUAUGAAUUUUACUGGUCGCGUAAUUUAUUUCGAUUAUCAAGAACGUGAGUGUAUACUUGAUAAUCAACAACUGUCUAAUUCGAAUGAAAAUUCUUCGUUAUCAUCGAAAUUUAAACAUCACACAUCAUAUUAUCGAUCAACAAUAUCAUUUCGCAGUGAUAAUGAUCUUCAUAAAUCAUCAAAUUCUACACAAUCGAUGUCAAUGAAUUCAUCAUUAACAUCUAAUCUCUCCAAUGAAACUGACGCGAAAUAUAAUAUGUGUAAUAAUAAAAUCAAUAGGAUCAGCGAAUAUUUUUCAUACUCCUAUUUCAUAUCACAAUUACCUAAAUCUUAUCAAUUACAUUCUCGAUCAUUGUUUAAUUCAUUAAAUUUAAUCAUCAGUAUUUUGCAUUCAAAUAUAAUCGACUGUGAAACAUUAUGUAUAAACAACGAAAAAACGAAACCAAUUAAUUCAGAUAUUGCUGAUGUUAAUAUCUUUUCAAUAAAAAAAUCAAAUUCAAAUUCAUUUAAACGACCCGUUGAACUUAUUGGUAAAUAUUCAAGUAUUCAUGAUGAAUAUCAAUCAUGUAAUACAAACAAACGUAAAGAUUUGCCAAGAACACCAAUAGGAUCAAGAUCGAAAAUUUAUUAUAUAACAAGUGUAUUUGAUGAGCCAUUUCUUAUGUUACGUAAAUAUCCGACUCAUAAUUCAACGCACCCUGUACCAGAAAUCGAUUUAAAAAAAUUACAAGGCCGUGUAUUUGAUUUUCAUGAAUUAGAAGGAUUUUGUUUGGAUUUAGCUGAAAGAGUUUGUUCAAUUUUGAAUAUAACAUGUAAAUUUCGUAUUGUACACGAUGGAGGUUUUGGUAGUAAAAAUGCAACAAGUGGCACUUGGGAUGGAAUGGUUGGCGAAGUUGUAUCGCGAGUAGCUGAUAUGGCUAUUGCUCCGUUAACAAUCAGUCAAAAACGAAUGGAAGUUGUCGAUUUUAGCAAACCUUUUAUGAAUCUUGGUAUUUCUAUUAUGAUUCGAAAGCCUGAUGCACAAAAGCCAGGUGUAUUUUCAUUUAUGAAUCCAGUUUCAAUGGAAAUUUGGUUAUGCUUUUCGUUAGCUUAUUUUGCUGUUAGUGUUGUUUUAUUUCUUACAUCACGUGUUGUUAAUUCUGGCUGGCGUCGACGUAUUGUUCGACGACCUUCAUAUCGUUCCUAUUCAUAUCCAAAAAGUCUUAAUGAUAAACGCAAAAGCGAAAUACAAUCUCAUCGGCAACAGCAAGGUUCAAGUGAAUCAUCAAAUUCUUCUGAAAUAGCUGCUGCGCCAUCACCACCACCGAAAUCAUCAACACGACGUCGACAUCGUUAUCGAACACGACAUCGUAUGGCAGAUAGAUCAGACGAUGAAGCAAAAGAAAAAAAACAGCAAGAAGAAGAAUUUAAAAAAAGCGACGUUCAUUUAUUUGGAAUUUCUAAUGCAUUAUUUUUCUCAUUUGCGUCAUUUAUGCGACAAUCAAUUAAUCUUGUACCGAAAUCUUUAUCGGGUCGUGUUGCUGCUACAUCAUGGUGGUAUUUUUCAUUAAUAUUUGUUUCAUCUUAUACAGCUAAUCUCGUUGCUUUUUUAACUGUGGAAAAAUUAGUUACACCAAUUGAAAGUGUAGAAGAUCUUGCUAAACAAGAAGAAAUUAAAUAUGGAUCAGUAAGAAAUGGAACAACGGCAGCGUUCUUUGAAAAAUCAAAUGUAUCAAUAUUUCAACACAUGUGGGCAGUUAUGCAACGAAGUGCAUCUGAAGUAAUGGUUCCAACCAACGAUGACGGUGUUGGAAAGGUUCGAAAUUCAAAAGGAAAAUAUGCAUUUUUUAUCGAAUCAACAAAAAAUGAAUAUGUUAAUGAACGAUUUCCAUGUGAUACAAUGAAAGUCGGUUCAGAUUUAGAUUCGAAAGGGUACGGUAUUACAACCAGGCUAGGCUCAGAUUUAAGUGAAGCAAUUAAUAUUAUUGUAACUAAUCUACGAGAGUCAGGUUUUUUGGAUAAAUUGAAGCAACGUUGGUGGUUUGAACGUUCUCAAUGUAACCAAUUGGCAAAAGAUAAACGCUUUAGUGAAUUAAGCCUCUCGAGUGUUACCGGUCUUUUUUACAUAUUUCUAUUUGGUAUUAUUCUAUCAUGUGUUAUUGCUUUUACGGAAUUUCUUAUCACAGCAAAAGCCGAAUCAGAACAAUUAAACAUUGAUUUUCGAGAAAUACUUCGUAUUAAAAUGAUCGAAAAUCUUGUCGGCGUUACAAUCCAUGCGCAACGACAAUUGGAAUUUGGUCGUGAUGAAAGCGAAUCUAAUUAUGUUAAUCCACAUGGAGAAGAUGAAAUGAUCCAACAGUAUACGCAAUAUCAAAUAAAUAGACAACAUAGUGAUGUUUAA